UCAUCCGCCGCAGAUUCCCUCAGACUCGACACACGCACACUCACACACUUAAUAUUCCCGAUGUACUAUCCACGCCGUCCGUAGACUGGCUACAUUUGACUUGUCUGGACCACUCGGGGGGACGAUAAUGCUGAAUGGUUGCGCUCAUGAAAUUCACCAGAGACAUAUGUCGACUCUUGGGGCUCUCGAGUGGUCCACCUGUGCAGCAGCAGCAGGAAGAACAGAUGACCUGUGGUGCUGCCCUCCAUGACCCAAGUGAUGACAGUGCUUUGUUACAGGAUGCAUUAAAUGGUGAGGAGGAUCUCAGUGAGGAUGAGAAGGCCAGACACAGAACAGGGCGACGUAAAGCAAAGAGGAAGCGCCGUCGAAAACGAAAGAAGCAGGAGCAAGUGAAGCAAAACGAGAGUGCAGAACAGGAUGGUGAAGAUGGAGGAGCCGAGUCCGACUUGGAUGAGAGUGAAUCGGAAGCUGAAGUUAAUGCAGUCGGGGAGACGCAGGUGCAAACGGAGGAGGAGAAGGAAUAUGCAAAGUCAGCUGCCUCAUACAAGCUUGCUACCUCUGAGCCCUCCAGAGAGCAUCACAAGACCACAAUAGCGGAAGACGAGCCUGAGUGGGAUGUGAGUAGUGCCUUCGUUGCCAACGCGGCCAGCCACAUCAAGCCCAAAGGAUCAUGCCGCAAGUCCAAAGAGAACAAAGAGAACGAGGCCAGGAAAGAGACAAACGGAACACACGUCACAACGAAGAAAAGCACGUCACUUGCAGAAAAAGGGAUAAAACUGGUCCAAGAAGGGCAGUACUUACAAGCAGCCGGCAUGUUUACAGAAGCCAUCAAAUGUGAUCCAAAUGAUUACAGAUUCUUUGGGAAUCGUUCAUAUUGCUAUUACUGCUUGGAGCACUACACUCAGGCCCUGGCAGAUGCCGAGCGCUCCAUCCAGCUGGCUCCAGAUUGGCCCAAAGGACACUUCCGCAAGGGAAGUGCUCUCAUGGGCAUGAAGCGGUACAGCGACGCGCAGAAAGCUAUGGAGCAGGUGCUAAAACUGGACAAAGACUGUGAAGAGGCCGUCAAUGAUCUCUUUCACUGCAAAUUGCGGCAAUUAAUGGACCUUGGUUUUGAUGAAAUGGACAGUGCCACAUUGCUGGAGAAAUUCUCGACAGUGCCAGAGGUUUUGGCAUAUUUUGCAGAUGCUGCCAGAGCCGGCCAAGAUCAGUCAGUUGCACUACCUGGCCCUGGUCCAUCACUGUGGGUGGGAAAUGUGACGACGGAGCUGACUGAAAAACACUUAAGGGACCUUUUUAAAAUGUACGGUGAGAUCGAGAGUAUCCGUGUGCUACAUGAGCGCUUUUGCGCCUUUGUCAAUUUCAAGAAUGUAAACAUGGCGGCCAGUGCCAGGGAAAAACUAAAUGGUUAUAUGAUCAAGAACACACGUUUAGUGGUACGCUAUCCGGAGCGUCGCCCUCAGAGAGUCCUUCCUACUCCACUCAGGACCUGCCUCUCUGUCCCACAGCACACAGGUGCUACUACUGCUACUGCUGCUGCCGAACCUCGGCGGCGAGGCCCCGUCAACGGAGACGAGUGUUACUUCUGGAGAACCACAGGCUGCCAUUUUGGAGACCAGUGUCGCUACAAACACAUUCCGGAUCAGAAAGGCAAGGACAGGAAGCAGUGGCAGGACGCACCAGGACGCACCGUUGAAAGCACCCGGCCAGUACUGAGUUGACCAGUUUUUGUCGACUACAACUAACUUACUCUGGAAAAUAGUGGACCAGAAUAAUGGAAAAGGUCAGUGUCAGCACUCAAACGCAGGAGGAGUCCAACGUGUGUCACAAUCAACUAGGAAUGUGAGGAUUUUCACCAGGGAAUGAAAAGAUUCACGUGUGCAGCCAGUGAUGACACAUAGUGACCUACCUUAAAGGGGACCUAUUAUGCUUUUUCCACGUUUCUGACCUAUAAAUGUUGUUGGAAUGUUGUAUUAUCGUGUUAAACGGUGCCAAACAUUCUGAUAAUAUGGUUUGCCCAUUUGGAAGUGAGCCCUGAAACAAGUUUGGGACGGCUGUGAGAGUUUUUUCUAACACCGGCUCCCUGUGAUGUCACAGUGAGCCAAACUUCCUUAUAUGGGCGUUCCUGAAUACAAGCUGUAGACGUGCCUUUUCCUGCUCUGCUGCUCUGUGAAGAUUUCACCAUGUUAGCAGGGAGUGUGACCAAUCACAGCGGAGUGGGCGGGCCGUGGGUGGAAUAAAUGAAAACAGACUGUUUUGGAAAAGCCAAGGAAAUGGAGCUGGAAUAGGUGCAGAUUUCGGAAGAUCUAGAAAAGCUUUCUGUGCUCAAUACAAAGGGCCGGAAAAUGAGCAUAAUGGGUCCCCUUUAAGGGAAACCAAACCUAACCUCACAGGGCGCACGGCUAUGUCAACCAGCAGGAAAGACACCUUUUUAAUGAUUGUAUUAGUUGAUUAAAUACAAAGGAGUAUUAGGACCACACUGAAGAAGAAAAAUUGUAAUUUUAUUAUUAAUUAUAUAUAAAUAAUAUAAUAAACAAAUAAUAAUAAAAAUAAUUAAGAUAAUAAUAUUGAUUAUUGUAUAAUUAAUAUAUUAUAUAAUAAUAAUAAUAAUAAAAGCAAUAAUAUGAAUAUAUUAUUAUUGUUAUUUAAAACAUUACUUGAAUUAAGUUGCAAUGUAAAAACAAAGUACUAAGAUGUCAUAAUGAUAAUCUUAUGAUAUGAUCAAGAUUCUCAUACAAUGAUGAUUUUUUUUCCUGCAAUAUUGUGACUUCAUUCUCUGAAAAUCAUAUUUAAAUUACUUUUUAAAAAAGUUUUCUCUUAGUACUUCAUUUUCAUGAAUGAUUUUCCGAAGAUGGAAUGUAAUUUAUUGUCAGUUGUAUUUUUGAAUUUCAUUCUAAAAAAUAUAUUUGACUAUUAUACAUAUUAUACAACUGUUUUUGUCUUGUGAAAUGACAGCUGUUUUAUAGUAAUACUUCAUCUUUGUUCUUACAAAAUAGCCAUUUUAUUAUGGUAAUACUACGACUAUAUUUAUACACAAUAAUGUUUCAACUUGUUUCCCCUUAAAAUAGCUACUUUUUUCUUGUCAUAUCUGACUUGAUUCUUGUAAAUUAUUCCUUUUUUUGGGUGGUUAGCGUGCAGGCUACACAGCUAGGAGACCCGAGUUCGAUUCCACCCUCGGCCAUCUCUGUGUGGACUUUGCAUGUUUUCCCCGUGCAUGUGUGGGUUUUCUCCAGGUACUCCGGUUUUUCUCCCACAUUCCAAAAACAUGCAUGCUAGGAUAAGCGGUAGAAACGGAAUGAAUAAUUACAUCAAAAUUCUAUAAUAAUUCCAAUACGUUGAUAUUUUUUGUUUUCAGUGUGGCCUUAACAGUCCUUUGUAUUGAAGUGGAACAACAGGACCGACAAGUUGAGUACUACUUUAUACUCUUACUGAUCCACAAGCCUUUCAGCCUGUCAUCAUCUUACACAAACUCUCAGUGGACCUUUCAGUGCCUCAUCUCUUGACUUGUAGCCUUUUUUUUUUCCUUUUAAGGACCCCACCCAGCAUUGUUCAGUGGAGAUGACAUCCUUAUCAUAACUUUAGAUUGGUGCUUUUUCAAUAGCAUUGUAGCGUCUAUGCAAAAGAAAGCAUGCACACUUAACAGGAACGUUGCUGCUGUAAUGUCGGAUGCGGGGAUGCUUUUUUUUUUUUGGCGCUGCCCUCAAAGAAAUGUUGAAAAACGAUGUUUGUGAUAUGUCAGUAUUUCAUGGAACCAAAGAAUCCGGUGCACUAAAACAGCCUUGUUAAUUGAGUAGCAUCAACACUAGUGCUGUUAAAAUGGGCGCCAUGCAAGGGGAACAUAACUCAAAUGGCUUACGUCAACACUACAUCCUUAAGUAAUAGUGACAGUAUUUAUUUUUCUAUUUAUACCCAUUCAUCUCCUUGUUUUUGUUAUUCCGUGUGCUGUCACAUUAGGUAGCAUCUUUAGAACUAAUAUGUUGAGUGCAAAUAACUUUUUAACACAAAAUGUGGCACUUCUGCUUUGUGUGGCUACAAUAAAAGAACAAAAAGGAAUCGGACAUUAACCUAUGAGGCUGCACUUGAGUCAAAAUGACAGAGGGACUCAAAUACUUUUAAUACCAGCUGCACACUUUUCAAAAUUUGACAUUUCCUGGCUUUAUUGUCAGAUUGUUUUGCUGUGUUUUUAGUUUGUUUGUGUCACAAGUGCUUUUUAAAAAAAACAUAGAAUUGCAAUGCAGCACAUUAGUAACCAGAGCAUUGCAUAUAGUUGUCUAUGUAUCAAAUAUUUUGUAUUUUCAUCACUGCACUGCAAUAAAGAGUGUUUUUGUAUUUAAUAAAUGUUUGUUUUCCAACUACCUUU